AUCUUCCAGGAGGGCUGAUUUUAGUGGACAAUUCUGAUCAUUCCUUUACGAAUCAACUCAUCUGCCUGAAUAUAAAUCAACUCAUUUGGGAAAGAAUGUGAACUCUGCUCGUACUGUAAAAUGUCAUUUCUAAAUCACACUCUCUAAUGACCGCUCCUCAUUCUAUCACGGAAAUGAGUCGGAUAUUUUUUCAUUCCUACCGGAACUAAGCAUCAUCCCUACCUGUAAAAAGAAAAUCCUUAUAAUUUCACCAGCAGCAUCUCCUUUAGAACCGAAUCGCGAUCGCAUCCACUAACUUCAGGGAAAAUACCUAAAACUAGUUUCAACUAGAUUCACAAUAACUUUCUUUCUAGUCUUCCACUAGACCCAAAAACCAUCAAGAUGGCCAACCCAAAGGUUUUCUUCGAUAUGACCAUCGGCGGUCAGAACGCCGGACGUAUUGUCAUGGAGCUCCGUGCUGAUGUCGUCCCGAAGACCGCUGAGAACUUCCGUGCCUUGUGCACUGGAGAGAAGGGUAACAUCAUUUUUGAUUUUUUUGCUGGGUGGAGUCCGACCUGGAGCAAAGCUUUGAAUAGACAUUGGAAGAUGCAGUCUGUUCUCGUCUGUUCUCCAAUGACAUGUGCCUUCACGGCACCAUUUUUCCUUUUCCCUACAAGAGAACACAAAUCUAAAGACGAUAGUCUCCGUCAGCAACCGGUAAAUCACCAGAAGCUAUCUUCCAUAUCAAAAACAACCCAAAAAUAGGUAUGGGCAAGUCCGGCAAGCCGUUGCACUUCAAGGGAUCUGCUUUCCACCGUGUUAUCCCGGACUUCAUGUGCCAGGGUGGUGACUUCACCGCUGGCAACGGAACCGGUGGCGAGUCCAUCUACGGAGCCAAGUUCGCCGAUGAGAACUUCAACCUGAAGCACACCGGACCGGGAAUCCUGUCCAUGGCCAACGCGGGCCCGAACACCAACGGAUCCCAGUUUUUCUUGUGCACUGUCAAGACCGCUUGGCUCGAUGGAAAGCACUGCGUCUUUGGAGCCGUCACCGAAGGUAUAAGUCUGAUUUCAUUUGUGUGGGAAAUUUUUUGCAGAAAGGGAGGGAAAUUAUUUUGAGAAAAAAUCAGUAGAGGAGACAGAAGUUGACAUCGUGAGCGUGACGCAGUGAGUAAAAGAGGAGGUUAUCUACAUUUACUAGAGAUUUUCUGGUGAUGUCAUGAGAACUAGCAUAAACAACCUCUAUGUACUAGGUUUCGACAUCGUCAAGAAGAUCGAGGCCGUCGGUUCCCAGAGUGGAAAAACCGCCAAGCCGGUCGUUGUCGCCGACUGCGGUCAGCUCGCUUAAGUGCUUUUUUUGGCGCGUGAGAAGCAAGAAGGAGAAGGAGACGCGCACGAAGUAUCUCCGACUCAUGAACCGUGUAGUAGAAAGUAGUACACACCAAUAGGAGGCGGAAUAAUCUGGAGAUCUACAUACUGACAUGAACACGAGUGGGUAUCAUCUACGCGAGCUGUGCUGAGCAGACGGUAACUCUUCCGGAAAUUCAUCACACCUCGCGGCGAUUUUUUCUUUUCCAUGUCGUCUUUGGAGACUUGCAGCAGCAACCUGUGAAGGGGACAGCCGAAGAACGUCAUGGAUGAGUCAAUCAUGGUUGAUGACUUUUAGCACGAAAUGAAUACUUCGAAUGUAGAAUUUGAGUUCUUGAGGGGAUGCAAAGAAACUCAGAAAGAUAGUCUUUUCCUCCAACUUCCUUCACUAGGGGAGGGCGUAAAGGUUGUUGGACGAUGAGAAAUAGAAAUUAUUCUCAAGAUUUUUUAGAUUCAAAUUUCAUUGACGCACUUCUUAAAACAAACUGGUGUCUUCCUACUACUAUUUUCCGUGGAUGAUUGUUUAUCCGUUGGAAGGUACUCGCUGGAUCGGUCAUUGGAUAAUCAAUCUACCAACAAGGUGAUAAGUGGACGGCAUUGGGGUUUCACUAAAACUCUUGUGUGGUUGAGUGUGGUCGCUUGACGUCCAGAACUCAGAAGAAACCUCAUAAGAAACCACGCAUGCUUAAGGCACAUCAGCGCACUCUGCUUCGGCAGUUUGCGCUUUCCUUGUAUUUCAGGCACUUCUUUCACAAGAAGGAGAACGCGAAAGAACAAAAUGAAACGGCAGCGGGUCGUCGCUGCGCGAGGUCCCGUCCGAGGUGGCCUAUGGUGUUGUGUUGUUCCCCCUUUG